AUGUUUGGAACGAUGGCCCGGCAGACUACCGCGCCUUCGGCGUUCGGCACGCUGCACAAGCAGUAUGUUACUUCUCUCUACCGGCGUUUCCUGCGCGACUCGCUCGACUGGAAUAUCCGUCGCGAUUUGUGGCGCGCCGACGCCCAGCACAUCCGUGCCGAGUUUGAGCACAACCGCAACGUGCGGAACCCCAGGGAGCUCGCCUCGAUCCUCAACCGCGCUGAGGAGAAGCUUGCGAGCCGCAAGCACCCUGACCCAUACAAGCGUACGUAUGGGCGCAAGAGUGAGACUGACCGCAGCGCCGACCCGCGUAUGUUCACCGACGAGGAAAAGUCCGAGUCGCUCAAGGACCAGCGCGUGUAG